AUGACUUUGGCAAUCAAAUUGUGCUUAAUUCGACCAAUGCAACUUGCUAAGGAGUGGAGGUUUUGGCUCUGUUUACAAGGGCAUGUUUGCAAACGGGAUGACUUUGGCAACAAAGUGUUUAAUUUGCAGAUUGAAGGUGCAUUCAAGAGUUUUGAUACUGAAUGUGAAGCUCUUCGCAACCUUCAAGUUAUCAGCAGUUGUUCUAACAUGGAUUUUAAAGCAUUACUUUUAGAGUACAUGCCCAAUGGAAGCUUGGAGAAAUGGUUACAUUCUGAUGAUUACUUCUUGGAUAUCAUCCAAAGAUUAGACAUAAUGAUUGAUGUUGCAUCUGCCUUGGAGUAUCUCCAUCAUGGUUAUGCAACAAUUGUUGUACAUAGUGACUUGAAGCCUAGUAAUGUCUUGCUAAACGAACAGUUGGUUGGACAUGUGAGUGACUUUGGCCUGGCCAAGUUAUUGGGAGAAGGGGAAUCAGUUUCUUAUACUAAAACGCUUGCCACAAUGGGCUACAUUGCACCUGAAUAUGGCUCAGUAGGAUUAGUUUCUAGAAGAUGUGAUGUGUACAGCUAUGGCAUUAUGGUCAUGGAAACUUUCACAAGAAAAAAGCCACAUGAUGAAAUGUUUCAAGAAAACUUGAACAUAAGGAGUUGGGUCUGCACUUCACUACCUGCAACACCAGAGGAUAUUAUUGAUGCUACCUUAUUGAAACCAGAAGAAACUGAUUUUAAGAAAAAGUUGCAUUGUGCGUCCGCUGUUUUGGACUUGGCAUUGAAUUGCACAACUGAAUCACCUAAUGAAAGGCUGAAUAUGAAAGAUGUCCUGAAAAAUAUCAAGAACAUCAAGCUGGAAUUUCUUUGUAAAUGA